UAGCGUUUCAUUUAGACAGCAGAGUUACCCAAGAAGAGCUGGAAACACCUGAUGGUCUCUGUGGGACAAUCCGCUCCAUAUCACUCCUCUCUUCACUGUCGGAAGAUCAAUCUACCUCCAGGCUUCAGUUUUGUCGACUUCUAUUUUUGUUUUCUCUCCUGAAAAAGUACCAGAGCCAGCUGAUUCCUCUCCUCUCUCACUUCAGCCAAAGAAAUACUGAUAAGGAGACAUUGCACUACUCUUUUUUAUUGUUAAUAUUUAUUGUAUUUUGCACUAACGAUGCACACCACGCAGAAGGACACGACAUAUACGAAGAUUUUUGUCGGGGGUCUUCCCUACCACACCACGGAUUCAAGUCUCAGGAAAUAUUUCGAGGUGUUCGGAGAGAUUGAAGAAGCGGUGGUCAUUACCGACAGGCAGACCGGAAAGUCGAGAGGUUAUGGAUUUGUGACGAUGGCGGACCGCUCGGCUGCUGACCGGGCCUGCAAGGACCCCAACCCAAUCAUUGACGGCAGGAAGGCUAACGUCAACCUGGCCUACUUGGGGGCCAAGCCUCGGGUUAUGCAGCCAGGCUUCACUUUUGGUGUUCCCCAGAUUCACCCAGCAUUCAUCCAAAGGCCUUAUGGCAUCCCGGCCCACUACGUGUACCCUCAGGCCUUUGUUCAGCCAAGUGUGGUCAUCCCUCAUGUGCAACCUGCAGCUGCUGCGCCUGCCACAGCAACCUCCCCCUACAUCGACUACACUGGAGCUGCCUAUGCACAGUAUUCAGCAGCUGCAGCUAGUGCUGCAGCAGCUGCUGCAUACGAGCAGUAUCCGUAUGCUGCGUCCCCUGCCGCCGCAGGCUACGUGGCCACUGCAGGGUACGGCUACGCAGUCCAGCAGCCUUUAGCCACCGCAGCUCCUGGCUCAGCUGCUGCUGCAGCCGCGGCCUUCGGUCAGUACCAGCCUCAGCAGCUGCAAGCUGACCGCAUGCAAUAGCAGCUACUGCAACUGAUGGACAUGCACGGCGAGGAGGCCCGCGCCCGGCCAUGGCUGUUUGAUUAUGAGGUGGAGCAGCAAAGGAAAAGGAAGCGGGAGUGGCUGUAAGGGCGGGCGUGUCAGCGACUCGGAGACAGAGUCGCUUUAAUGAUGAUGAUGAUGGUGAUGAUGAUGGUGGUGGUGGUAGUGAUAAUGAUGGUGAGGUGGGAACUUUUUACAGUAACUUUCCAACUUGCUGUGCUUCAACCAAAAAGAGAAAAAGAAAAAAAGAUGCAGAACAAAUAACGGAAAGAGAUUUACUACUAUUAUUAUUAUUGUUGUUGUUGUUUCAAUAAUUAUUAUUAUCAUUACUAUUAUCAUUGUAAUAGAGUACUUAUUUCUAGAGAAAAUGCAGGAACUAAUCCCUGUGGUUGGUGUAGAUGUUGAACUAAGCCUUUAAGUCCUAUUGCUGUCUUAAUGUUAGUUAAGGAAACUGUUCUCUUUUUCACUUUUUUGGUUAUUUAAUGCCCUCAUAACAUUUAUAUUUAUUAUGAUUAUUGUUACACACUGGGGGCUUUUCUUGUCUUUUUUUUGUCUUUUCAAAUGCAUAUUUUUUGGAGUAAAUAUUUUUCUGAUAAUCAGGGAAAUGGAACCGUUUCCAAAGUGUUAGCUAUGAUAAUGUGACCUCUGUCAGGAAGUCGAGGAGUCCUAACUCAUCGUUUCACACAUAUUUGAAGAACUACCUUUUUAUCUUCCUGAUGCUGAAUGUCCCUUUUUUUUAACUCUGUGUCUCGACCUCUUGACCUAUGCAAAGCAAGCAAAUCACAAGGAGACAAAACGACAAAGAAAAAAACAAAAAAACUGAAAAUGUCAUCAACUCUGACUCUAUUCUUGGACUAAAAUGGGGACUUGGCAAACAAAACAAACGCACUGACAAAAGGAGAGAGGUUGAACACGGCUGCAGACAAUGAGAAACACUAAAUCAGUCGCUUUUCCACAUGUUUCACUCACUCACACGUACACUGACACAUGCAUCCAGAGCUGCACACAUAGCGGACAAAGACAAAGGCAGCACAGUCGUGUUUCUCUGUUGCUCUGGGAUGGAGAGAAAGAAAAUGAGGCAGAGAGAGAAAGAGGGAGAGAGCAGCUGCUGGUGGGGGUGGAACGAGCAGCUCUAGUGCCACACAGACAGAUCACUCUGGAAAGAACGCAUCACUUGUGCUCGUUUGUUGAGCUGUCACAUUUUAAUCCCCGGCCGGGCCCAUUUGGGAACCAACUUCACAACCCUCCACCCAGCACAGAGCCCCAAAGCAGAGCCCCCACCCCACCAAUUCAGGCCUGCAGCUGUCAGCACUUCCACCUCUGUGCUGCUGUAGUCUGGUGUCAGGUAUACUCUCACAAACAUGCACACUUUUACCAAAGCCACCCCAACAACUGGCCUGCCUCAUGUCUGUCAAGAACACCAGGUGGGGUGGAGACGAGGGGGGGACUCUUUGACGUUAUGUCGGUCUGUGUGCCUUACAUUUUUACUACUAUUUAAGAGAAAAAAAAAACUGAAAAAAGAAAAAUUACUAUUUAAGA